AUGGCCCUCAGCGACGCCGACGUCCAGAAGCAGAUCAAGCACAUGAUGGCUUUCAUCGAGCAAGAAGCCAACGAGAAGGCGGAAGAGAUCGACGCCAAGGCCGAAGAAGAGUUCAACAUCGAGAAAGGUCGGCUGGUGCAGACGCAGAGGCUGAAGAUCAUGGAGUACUACGAGAAGAAGGAGAAGCAGAUCGAGCAGCAGAAGAAGAUUCAGAUGUCCAACUUGCUCAAUCAGGCCAGGUUGAAAGUGCUGCGUGCGAGAGAUGACCUGAUCUCGGACCUGCUGAGUGAAGCCAAGCAGAGGCUGACCAAGGUGGUGAAGGACAACGUCAGGUACCAGGCACUGCUGGACGGCCUGGUCCUCCAGGGCUUGUACCAGCUGCUGGAGCCCCGCGUGACCGUCCGCUGCAGGAAGCAAGACUUCCCCCUGGUGAAGGCCGCGGUGCAGAAGGCCAUCCCCAUGUACAAGAUCGCCACCAAGAAGGACGUCGAAGUCCAGGUGGACCAGGAGCAGUACCUGCCCGAGGAAACGGCCGGCGGGGUGGAGCUCUACAACGGCGACCGCAAGAUCAAGGUGUCCAACACCCUGGAGAGCCGCCUGGACCUCAUCGCCCAGCAGAUGAUGCCGGAGGUGCGCGGGGCCUUGUUCGGGGCCAACGUCAACAGGAAGUUCCUGGACUGAAGCCUGGGCCGGUCGUUCCCGCCCCCGCCGCCCCGCCGAGACUCGGGGUCCCCGCGCCGCCGCUUCCCGGGGAGGGGUAGGUUGAAGCCCGGACCACCCCCGCCUCUUCCCUCACCCCGUUGCCCCGCCCUGGCCCCGAGGUGGCCUCGGCCAUCGGCGGGAGUCAGAGGCUCCAGCCCUGAGUCUGUGUUGCUUUAUUUAUUAAAGGCAAAGGUGUCUCA